GUAGCGGGGAGAUUGUUGCACACGCCGCCCUCAGCUCGGCUGUUCUGCGCGCGCUGAGCGCAGGGGAUGAGCUUGAGAUCAUCUUGGGUGGGGGAAGCCCAAGACUGGAGAGGCCAGCUCUGCCCUGCCGAUCCCGAUCCCUGUGGCACAACUUUUCGGGGGGCUAGCUAGACCGCGUCUCACUGCCUGCUGCGCGGCCAACAGGGGGAUAUUGAAGAUCAUGACCACAUGGAUGCAUCUAGCUAAAUGGUACCUGGGGACAUGGUGGUUCUUUAGAGAACACAUCUAAAAUGCUGGCUAAUUCUUUGGUUUGCCACUCAACAUAAGACAUUGUUUGAUUAUAUCUAUCAAAACUCUCUGGAAUUUUUCCCACCAUGCUGUCUUUAUUAGCUUGAACUCCUUCCCUAAAAUGGUCCUUCUGUUGAUCCUGUCAGUCCUGCUUUUGAAAGAAGAUGUCCGUGGGAGUGCACAGUCCAGUGAGAGGAGGGUGGUGGCUCACAUGCCGGGUGAUAUCAUUAUCGGAGCUCUCUUUUCUGUCCAUCACCAGCCUACUGUGGACAAAGUUCAUGAGAGGAAAUGUGGGGCAGUCCGUGAACAGUAUGGCAUUCAAAGAGUGGAGGCCAUGCUGCAUACCCUGGAAAGGAUCAAUUCAGACCCCACUCUCUUGCCCAACAUCACACUGGGCUGUGAGAUAAGGGAUUCCUGCUGGCAUUCAGCUGUGGCUCUAGAGCAGAGCAUUGAGUUCAUAAGGGAUUCCCUCAUUUCUUCAGAAGAGGAAGAGGGCUUGGUACGCUGUGUGGAUGGCUCUUCCUCUUCCUUCCGCUCCAAGAAGCCCAUAGUAGGGGUCAUCGGCCCUGGCUCCAGUUCUGUGGCCAUUCAGGUUCAGAACUUGCUCCAACUUUUCAACAUACCUCAGAUUGCUUACUCAGCAACCAGCAUGGAUCUGAGUGACAAGACUCUGUUCAAGUACUUCAUGAGGGUGGUGCCUUCAGAUGCCCAGCAGGCACGAGCCAUGGUGGACAUAGUGAAAAGAUACAACUGGACUUAUGUGUCAGCUGUGCACACAGAAGGCAACUAUGGAGAAAGUGGAAUGGAAGCCUUCAAAGAUAUGUCAGCAAAGGAAGGGAUCUGCAUCGCCCACUCUUACAAAAUCUACAGCAAUGCGGGGGAGCAGAGCUUUGAUAAGCUGCUGAAGAAGCUCAUGAGUCACUUGCCCAAGGCCCGGGUGGUGGCCUGCUUCUGUGAGGGCAUGACGGUGCGAGGUCUGCUGAUGGCUAUGAGACGCCUGGGUCUAGCAGGAGAAUUUCUGCUUCUGGGCAGGUGA